UCGAUAAAGAGAUUUUCUUAUCCACCUAAGAUGAGAAAGUCAGUUUUGGGGGACAUUACUGUCUUCCAGAGCAUAAUGAUAAUUUCCCAGAUGAAAGUGCAAAACCCUAAGAAAACAUGCCCAUACCUGCUUCUACUGAACUCAGAAUACUUCAGAAAUGUUGCUGUUGUGAAAUUGUGCAGGCUUCUGGAAAGUCUUCCUCUGCACCUUUCAGCCUUGCCAUUAUGUGCCCUUGAUCAAGUUACCAGACCUCCCAGAGCUCACUUUCCUUAUCUUAAGGAUAAUAACACCUCUCAGAAUUGCUGUGAGGAUUCUAUCAGUUAGUGAUUCUGAAAUACCGAGCACAGUUCUUGUCACUUGAUGAACAGUACUUAGUUAUUUUGGGGGAAAGUUGUAUAAUGGUGGGAAAUAUGCAGAUAAGCUUUGAUGUCAUGCAUACCCUAGAUUUGAAAUUCAGCUAGUUUUUUGCUCUGUGAUUUUGCUAUGCAUGAGCAAGUUAUUCAGUCUCUUUAUCCCACAGUUUUCUUAUUUUGUGAAAUGGGGAUUGUAACAACCAGCCCAGAAGGUUCUCUGAGGAUUAAAUGAGAGACUGUAUGUAUACACUUAUAGUGCCUGGCAUGUGGUAAGUUCUUAAUAGAUAACAGAUGAUAGCCCUUAUUGUUUUUAUUUAAUUUGAUUACCUACCAGUUUCUAGGCUAAAAUUUAGAAACCAUGUAUUUCAUGUGCAGUCGUCAAACUGAUUUUUAUUUGAGGCUCUACCCUUGAUCUUUUAGCAGCUGUCUCUUUUUUGAAUGAAUUUUCAAAACGUUUUCUGAUGUAUACACAGACUGAUGUGCAUUUCCAUUGGAAGAUUUGGGGAAUCUGAAAACAAAGUGGUGAGGAGGCCAGCAUUCAUCUGGCUGUUUAAGAAACACAAUGUCACAAGAAAAACCCUCCGAUAAAAGUUGCAGCACAUAGGCAGACACUUGCUACAGGACUGAAAUAAUGCAUAUGGGAUAAUAUGAUGUCAGUCUCAGAGGCAUGCAAAGUGCAGAAACACAAAGGAAAUUCAUAAUGGGCUUUUCAGGAAAAUGGUUGUUCCUUCCUGAUGUGCUAACCUUGAUUCUGUUUUGGGUUUUUGGUGUCAACAUAAAGCUAGAUGGAAGAGACGCUGCUGAAUUUUUCCAUUGUCAAUUUGUAUCCUAAUCUAAGAAUUGUGUCUUUGCUCUCCUCUACUCUUUUUUUUUUUUUUUUGGAGCUUACUCAUUCUUUUUUUAUUUUAGGUAUAGUUGACACACAAUGUUAUAUUAGUUUCAGGUGUACAACGUAGUGAUUCAACUUCUCUAUACAUUGUGCUGUGCUCACUGCAAGGAUGCUACCAUCUGUCACUGUAUAGUACUAUUAUAGUAUCAUUGACUAUCUUCCCUAUGCUGUGCCUUUUAUUCCCAUGAUUUAUUUAUUCCGUGAGCUUUUGGGAAUAAGCUACAUUAGUUAAAUGAUGUCUUUUUAGUUCUAUGAUUAAUCCAUUCAGUAUCCAUAAAACAUAAUUUCACCCAUGAGCAUCCUUGCUAGAUCAAUAGCUUUGAAUGUUAACAACUGUGAUAUCAAUCGGCUUUCAGAAAGAGAUCUUGUGGAGAUGGGAUGAAAGGACAAUUUUCAUUCCUCUAUUCUUUUUUUAAAGUUUAUUUAUUUAUUUUAAGAGAGAGAAAGAGAAAGUGAGCAGGGGAGGGGCAGAGAGAGAGGGAGAGAGAGAAAAUCUCAAGCAGACUCUGCACCAUCAGCACAGAGCCUGACAUGGGGCGCGAACUCACGAACUGGGAGUUCACGACCUGAGCUAAAACCAAGAGUUGGGUACUUUACCAAGUGAGCCACUCAAGUGCCCCUCAUUCCUCUAUUCUUUAGCUUCCCUUUCUUUCCCUCUACACUGAUGCUUAAAAUUUCUAGUCUAUUCUCCUUCAUUGGCCUCAUCUCUCCUUUACCCUCUGUGUUCUAGUCACACUGGUCUUCCUUCAGUCCAUGGAAGUGCCAUGCUGCUUCCCAUGCUAGGGCCUCUGAGCAGCUCUUCUAUCUGGAAUGUUGUCUCUUUUCUCUUUCCUCCCCUCCUUAUCCAUCCUUCAGAGCUCAGUUCCUACAUUGAUUCCUUGAGGAAGAUUUCACUUAUUUUCUGGCCUGGGUCAUGUCAGCAACUCGCCCAUUCCCUUAUGCCCUCUUUUUCCUUUGUAGCAUGUCUCAUAGUAGUAGCUAAAGCAUUCAUUUUGUAUUUGUUAUUUAAAUGUGUCUCCCUGUCUCUAAAAUAGAAGCUCUGUAAGAAAAAGCAGAGGCUCUGUUUGUCUUGUUGAGAACUAUCUCCUAAUGCCUGGCACCGUAUGCCAUCAUAGCGAGUGAAAAUGCUAAGAUGAUGUUACAUGGAUGCAAAUAUUGUAUUAAUGUGCUUCCCAUUUUACUUGUUGAUCUUCAAGGUCUUUCUUCACACUGGGUUGUGGUUUGGAGAAAUAUUCCUUUAUAUAUUCCUAGCAUGUAUAAAUUUUGAGGUCUGACACUAUGCUGUCUUGCUGUACCUUCUCAAUGCAGUAGUCCACUAUGAUUGAAGAGGUACAGCCUGAACUACCCGUGUUUAAGAAAUACCACCUCUAUGAAAAGGUGCAUGUAUGUGAUGGCCUUAAGUCUAGGCUUCAACAUUGUCUCACAUCCCUUGAUCCACUUUAUAAGUUUCUUGGUCAACUUGGAAAUCUAGUCUCCUAUGACAGUGGCUUGUGCUGUGGGGAAAUAGAUUUCCUUUACACAGGACAAUAGCCUGUUUGACACAUGUGAACAUCGAUGAUGCAUGGACGGACCAGAACCUAGAGUUCAGCUAAAGUGGCCUGUCUGGCAAAUGUUACACUAUUUGGAAGGUAAAGAAUCGUGGCUUGGAGAGCCAGAGUCGUGGGAGCAUCAGGUGAACUUCAUGGAGAAUCUGUUGGUCCAUAACUAGGAAGUAAGCAAGCAUUCAAGACUAGACGCUUUUGACUGGGGCUGAAAACAGAGAUGCUGACAUUGAUGAGAAGUCUGUUGUUCAUAGGCUGUAGCCACCGUUGAUGCCAAUAAGAGGAAAUGAACUCAUCCCUUCUAGAUUACUUUUUCUUAAACUCCUUUUGGUGACUUCGUCAUAUUAGUGAGGUGACUGCCAUCUUCAGGAGCGUUAUCUGAGAAAAGCAGUGUAUUGUAAAAGAGCUUGGGUUUGAGUGUUGGAUGUCAUUCAGAUCCAACCUGAAAUCCUGGCUGUCAUCACUUCUCUGGGAGCCUCUGUUUCCUCACCUGUAACAUAGCUCUAAUAACAUUAUUGACCUCAGCCUUGGAGCGCACUGCCAUUCGUGAGGCUAUUUUUAUAGCGUCUGCGAUGUGUCCCUGGUACAUCGUAGGCAUUGUGCACAUGCUUGCUCUUUGGGUGUUCACUAGCAUACACCCAAGAAUCUACAGUGAUUUUCUCUAAGACUGGGCAGAGUUUACAUGUCAGAAGCAGCCUGGUGGUGAUUCUGGAGUGCCAGGCUUACUGUGCCCACACAGUCUAUUGCCAAAGCUUUGUGGCCCAUGAAGCUUCAUGGCAAACUGUCUGGAUUAAGGGACCAGUAGAGAGUAAAUUGCAUUCACUAAAUGUAGCGCGGAGCUUGAAUCCAGCCUGUCUCACUUCACAGCAAAACGUGUGACAGUUGAAGAUAUUUUAUCUUGCUUUCUUGGAAGCUUUCUGGAGAGAUAUAGUCUCGCACCCUUUGAUUACAUCCACCCAUGCAACUGACACUUAAUAAUUGCGACAACUGCCCUGGGUGGGCCAGCUUCAGGAGGCCCCUUUUCCAUUAAAGAAUAAUGCAUCUCAUCUGGAAAUUCUUCCGCCACAACUUCUUCCUUGGAUAAGACAAGAACACAGCUAGAUGGAUGUUUUGCAUCCAUUUUUUUCAUUAAAAGUGACAUCUGAAAAUAACUUCAGGGUUGAUAACCACAGUUUGGGAUUUUCAUUAAAGCUGUAUGAUGUUUCAAAAAGUUUUAGUUGAUUUUUACAGUUUGAAAUCUAAGUCCACAUAUUUAUUUUGGAUUAGUUAGGAUGCUAUAAGCCUAUUUUAAUAUCCUAAACAAAUUCUUUAUCUUAUUAAUCAAAGUAGUAAAUUAGAGUUUCCAGGUAAUGGCUACUCUAUUCUUAGUAAAUCAGACAGAAAAUUCCCCUCUCUGUGAUAACAGAUUGUUGACAUCAGCUCACUUUGUAUGAGAGAGAGAGAGAGAGUGUGUGUGUGUGUGUGUGUGUGUGUGUGUGUGUACACAUAACUCAUUCUUUGGAAUUUUUCCAAUGGAAAAGCAAAGGAAGGAAGCUGAGGGGAGGAUGGGGUGAUUGCAUCCUGUACCCUUUACAGGGUGUGGCCACAACUGCCUCAGCGUAUGGGAUACUAAUAGGUUAUGUUUUUUCAUUAAGGAUGCCUGAACAGUGGUAAGUCUUGAGGAAGAGUGGGAGUGGCUCUCAGUGUUUUUUUUUUUAGCCAGACAAGAGUAUCCUGGUAGAGGUCUGCUCAAAUCCUGCUUAGGAUUUCAUUUCUAGAACGUUGGGAAAGAGAAAGAGAAGCAGGAGCAUCAGUGAAGUGGACCCGCAGAGCUCUCAAAGCCACUUUAGGACUCCAGACCUGCCUGACUUCAGUUCUGGCUGCUUCUAUGAAUGGAAUUGCCAAGUGGGUAGGCCAGUGCAUGAUUUUAAGGAGAAUGAAACAUGUUUCUUCUUGCUGCUUCCAAACCAGAUUUGAAAUGAUGAUGGAUUCAACCCUGAAAAAGGCAGAGAGAAACUUUUGGGGAUUAUGUGAGAUGAGAAUUCUCCAGCCAACUUCUGGGAUUCUAAAAACAGGGGUGUGACUGGAACCCAAAAAGGGCAAAUCGUAUGGAGAAUUGAGCCUGGGCCCUAUUUCAUGGAACCUGAGAUAAAAAUCUGUUUCAAAUACUACCACGGCAUUAGCGGAGCCCUGCGAGCCACGACCCCCUGCAUCACCGUGAAGAAUCCUGCUGUGAUGAUGGGGGCAGAAGGCAUGGAAGGAGGUGCUUCCGGAAAUCAGCAUUCUCGGAAACUCGUCAGUUUCACGUUGUCAGAUCUUAGAGCAGUUGGGCUAAAGAAAGGGAUGUUCUUCAAUCCUGAUCCUUAUCUUAAGAUGUCCAUUCAGCCAGGGAAGAAGAGCAGUUUCCCCACCUGUGCCCACCAUGGGCAGGAGAGAAGGUCUACUAUCAUCAGUAACACCACUAAUCCAAUUUGGCACCGAGAGAAAUAUUCCUUUUUUGCGCUUCUUACUGAUGUCUUGGAAAUUGAAAUUAAAGACAAAUUUGCCAAGAGCCGUCCUAUCAUCAAGCGUUUUCUGGGGAAACUAACCAUUCCAGUCCAGAGGUUGCUGGAGCGACAAGCCAUUGGGGAUCAGAUGCUCAGCUACAACCUUGGCCGAAGGCUUCCAGCUGACCACGUGAGUGGGUACCUCCAGUUUAAAGUGGAGGUUACAUCUUCUGUGCAUGAAGAUGCUUCUCCAGAAGCUGUUGGCACAAUACUUGGAGUCAAUACUGUGAAUGGAGACCUAGGAAGUCCUUCUGAUGAGGAGGACAUGCCGGGGGGCCAUCAUGACAGCACGCUUUGCUCUAAUGGGCCAGUUUCUGAGGACAGUGCUGCUGAUGGGACCCCCAAGCAUUCUUUCAGGACUAGCUCUACUCUGGAAAUAGACUCAGAGGAAUUAACCUCUACUUCUUCAAGGACCUCACCUCCCCGAGGACGUCAGGAUUCGCUCAAUGAUUACUUAGAUGCUAUUGAACACAAUGGCCAUUCCAGGCCAGGCACGACUACCUGCUCGGAGAGGUCCAUGGGAGCCUCUCCAAAACUAAGGAGUAGUUUUCCCACCGACACGAGGCUCAACGCAAUGCUUCAUAUCGACUCAGAUGAAGAAGACCACGAGUUCCAGCAAGACCUGGGAUAUCCGUCUUCCUUGGAGGAGGAAGGAGGGCUAAUAAUGUUCAGCAGAGCAUCAAGAGCUGAUGACGUGAGCCUGACAUCGCAGACCAAGCCAGAAGACAACCCAGUGGAGAUUGAGGAAGCCUCCACAAAUGAGGCUGCUUCCUUUGAGGAUAAGCCAGAACAUCUUCCCGAGCUUGCAGAGGGCUCCUUACCCUCGGGCCCAGUCCCAGAUGAGAGUGAAAGUGGCCCAGAGUCUCAACCAAGCGCUGAGCAGGGCAGCACCGAAUUGUGUGGCUCUCAAGAGGUGGAUCAGCCCACGAGCGGGGCAGACACAGGGACUUCCGACACAUCGGGAGGAAGCCGCAGGGCCAUCAGUGAGACCGAGUCCCUGGAUCAGGGGUCUGAGCCUUCCCAGGUGUCCUCUGAAACAGAGCCCAGUGACCCUGCCAGGACAGAGAGCGUGAGUGAGGCCAGCACCAGGCCGGAAGGCGAGAGCGACUUGGAGGGCGCCGACAGCUCCUGCAAUGAGAGCGUUACCACGCAGCUGUCCUCGGUGGACACGCGGUGCUCGUCUCUUGAGAGCGCACGGUUUCCCGAAACCCCAGCCUUUUCUUCUCAGGAGGAGGAAGAUGGAGCCUGUGCAGCAGAGCCCAGCAGCAGUGGCCUCGCUGAGGGGUCACAGGAUUCCAUACGUACUCCCAGUUCUUUACCUGUGGUGCAGGUGCCCGCUGAAGAGGAGGAAGGGGCAGGGGCAGACUCGGCCCCUUUACCUAACCAGGAGGAGGUCGGAGAGGUCUGGCAGCGGAGGGGGAGCUUGGAAGGAGCUGCUGCUGCUGAGAGCCAGCCCCAGGAAGAAGGGGAUGCCGGGGAUGCCCACGGGGCUUGUGAAGGGGCCACUGCCCAGGAGGAGGGCGCCACCGGAGGUUCUCAAGCCAAUGGCCACCAGCCAUUGAGAUCACUGCCUUCAGUACGCCAGGAUGUUAGCCGAUACCAGAGGGUGGACGAGGCUCUUCCCCCAAAUUGGGAAGCACGCAUUGACAGCCACGGCAGGAUUUUCUACGUGGAUCACGUAAACAGAACCACCACGUGGCAGCGACCAACAGCUCCUCCUGCCCCUCAGGUGCUGCAAAGAUCAAACUCCAUACAGCAAAUGGAGCAGCUGAACCGGCGAUACCAGAGUAUUCGCAGAACCAUGACUAACGAGAGGCCUGAGGAAAAUACCAAUGCUAUUGAUGGAGCAGGAGAAGAAGCUGACUUUCACCCAGCCAGUGCAGAUUUCCGACGAGAGAACGUCCUGCCCCACUCUACCUCCAGAUCCAGGCUCACGUUGCUGUUACAGUCCCCCCCUGUGAAGUUCCUCAUCAGCCCAGAGUUCUUCACCGUGCUGCAUUCUAACCCUAGUGCCUACCGCAUGUUUACAAACAAUACGUGUUUGAAGCACAUGAUCACCAAAGUCCGGCGGGACACCCACCACUUUGAACGCUACCAGCAUAACCGAGAUCUUGUGGGAUUCCUCAAUAUGUUCGCCAACAAACAGCUGGAGCUGCCAAGGGGCUGGGAAAUGAAACACGAUCAUCAGGGCAAGGCAUUUUUUGUCGACCACAACUCCCGCACCACCACUUUCAUCGACCCCCGGCUCCCGCUGCAGAGCAGUAGACCCACGAGUGCGCUGGUUCAUCGGCAGCACCUGACCAGGCAACGCAGCCACAGUGCAGGCGAGGUAGGAGAAGAUUCUCGACACACAGGACCACCAGUGCUUCCCAGGCCAUCGAGUACAUUCAAUACAGUCAGUAGGCCACAGUACCAGGACAUGGUUCCAGUGGCUUACAAUGACAAGAUUGUUGCAUUUCUGCGCCAACCCAACAUCUUUGAAAUUCUACAGGAGCGCCAACCUGAUCUUACCAGGAAUCAUUCACUCAGGGAGAAGAUCCAAUUUAUCCGAACUGAAGGGACCCCAGGAUUGGUGCGUCUUUCAAGUGAUGCAGACCUUGUCAUGUUGCUGAGUUUAUUUGAAGAAGAGAUAAUGUCUUAUGUGCCUCCACAUGCCUUACUUCACCCCAGCUACUGUCAGUCCCCACGUGGCUCCCCCGUGUCCUCUCCCCAGAACUCGCCAGGUACUCAGCGUGCCAAUGCCCGGGCUCCUGCCCCUUACAAGCGAGACUUUGAAGCCAAACUAAGGAACUUUUACAGGAAGUUAGAGACUAAAGGAUAUGGACAAGGCCCAGGGAAAUUAAAGUUAAUUAUCAGAAGAGAUCACUUACUGGAAGAUGCUUUUAAUCAAAUUAUGGGCUACUCCAGAAAAGACUUACAGAGAAAUAAGCUGUACGUCACAUUUGUCGGGGAGGAAGGGCUGGAUUACAGUGGACCUUCCAGAGAGUUUUUCUUCCUCGUAUCCAGAGAACUCUUUAACCCAUAUUAUGGCUUAUUUGAAUAUUCAGCCAACGACACAUACACAGUACAAAUAAGUCCCAUGUCUGCUUUUGUAGACAAUCACCAUGAAUGGUUCCGAUUCAGUGGUAGGAUUCUUGGUCUUGCACUAAUACACCAGUAUUUGUUGGAUGCUUUCUUCACACGGCCCUUUUAUAAAGCUCUUCUCAGAAUUCUGUGUGACCUGAGUGAUCUAGAAUACCUUGAUGAAGAGUUCCACCAGAGCCUGCAGUGGAUGAAAGACAAUGAUAUCCAUGACAUCCUGGACCUGACAUUCACUGUGAAUGAAGAAGUUUUUGGGCAGAUUACCGAACGAGAAUUAAAACCAGGGGGUGCCAAUAUCCCGGUCACAGAGAAGAACAAGAAGGAGUACAUCGAGAGGAUGGUGAAAUGGCGGAUUGAGAGGGGUGUUGUUCAGCAAACAGAGAGUUUAGUGCGUGGCUUCUAUGAGGUGGUGGAUGCCAGGCUGGUGUCUGUUUUUGAUGCAAGAGAACUGGAACUUGUCAUCGCGGGCACAGCUGAAAUCGACCUGAGUGACUGGAGAAACAACACAGAAUACAGAGGAGGAUAUCAUGACAAUCAUAUUGUAAUUCGGUGGUUCUGGGCUGCAGUGGAAAGAUUCAACAAUGAACAGCGACUCAGGUUGUUACAGUUUGUCACGGGCACAUCCAGCAUUCCCUAUGAAGGAUUUGCUUCUCUCAGAGGGAGUAAUGGCCCAAGAAGAUUCUGUGUGGAGAAAUGGGGGAAAAUCACUGCUCUUCCCAGAGCUCACACUUGUUUCAACCGUCUGGAUCUCCCCCCGUACCCAUCAUUCUCCAUGCUUUAUGAAAAACUCUUGACAGCAGUUGAAGAAACAAGUACCUUUGGACUUGAGUGACCUGGAAGAACGAUGCCAGGCUCUGUAUGGACAGGCAAUUUCAGAAGCUGCUGUCUAGAAGAAUUACUGAAUGUUGGAAGUUUCAAGAGUAUGCUUCCACUAGAGUCAAGCUGAGUGCUAUUAUUUUCCAGGAACACAUGCUCUGUCACAAUGGGGUCCGGAUAGUGGUGAUGAGUCCUCUUGGAAGGAUUUGGGUGAGCUUGAUGCCCAGGGAACUACCCAACAGUCUUUCAAUCAACAGUUGUUGACUGCCAAACUUUUUUCCAUUUGUAUUAUGUUCCAAGACAAAGAUGAACCUGUACACGAUCAGCUCCGUGGUAACUUUCAGGGACUCGGGAGAAUCUUGAAACUUACCUUUGAAUGCGGUUCAAGCCCAACUGGCAGCACUUGGCCCAAUCUCCAAAUUAGCUCAAGUUAAAUAAUAUAAUAAAAACAAAUAUAUUUCCUAAAAGUACAUUCAUUUAAGCCCUACGUUAUAGCAGAAUAUUCAUUUUCUUGCUAUGAGUGCCUGCAUGGUGUGCACCAUAGGUUUCAGCUUUCAUGGGACACAAGUGAAAAUGAAACCAAGUCAACAGGAGGUAACUUUAAAGAUUUGCAAUAAGGUGGUCUGUGACAAUGUAUAUGCAAAGUGGUAUGUGUGUAAUUAUGGCUGAAGACAAACUGUUCUACAAUGAAAAACUAAUGACAGAUUUUAUGCUUUAUAAUGCAUGAAAACAAUUUAAAAAUAACUAGCAAUUAAUCACAGCAUAUCAGGAAAAAAUACACAGUGAGUUCUGUUUAUUUUUCAUAGGUUCAUUAUAUUUAUGUUCUUUAAGAUGUAUAUAAGAACCUACCUGUUCUGUAUGUAUCACCUGUUCCAUUUUCAUGUUCCAUGCUUACUCGGGCAUCAUGCUAGUACGUAUCCUUUUAAGCACUCUCAAGGGAACAAAAGGGCCUUUUAUUUUUAUAAAGGUACAAAAAAAAUUCCCCGAAAUAUUUUGCACUGAAUGUACCAAAGUUGAAGGGACAUUACAAUAUGACUAACAGCAACUCCAUCACUUGACAAGUAAAUAGAAAAUAGCUUCUAAAUCAAACUUCCUUCACAGUGCCAUGUCUACCACUACAAGGACUGUGCAUCUAAGUAAUAAUUUUUUAAGACUCACUAUAUGUGAUAGUAUGAUAUGCAUUUAUUUAAAAUGCAUUAGACUUCUUCCAUCCAUCAAAUACUUUACAGGAUGGCAUUUAAUACAGAUAUUUCGUAUUUCCCCCACUGCUUUUUAUUUGUACAGCAUCAUUAAACACUAAGAUCGUUUAGAGAGCCAUCAGCAACACCCAAGAGAUCAGCUCUCUUUAGUAAUAAGAAUUCCAUUUUCCCUCAUCAGUGAAGACAUCACAAAUUGAAACUCUCAGCACUAUAUUUCUAAGCCUGCAUUUUCACUGAUGCAUAAUUUUCUUAUCAAUAUUAAGAAACAAUUUUUCUAUGGUCUCUCAGAAACUGCAUGAUAUCACUAAUGUUAUUUCUGCUUAGUUUUAUCAGACGAUGUUCUUCAUUUUUAUUGCUUUUGGGGUUAUUUCACAUCACUGUUUAUUUCUUGACUUCUGGCCGUAACUAAUCAGAGUGAGUUCUUCAAUAGAGUGAAGUUAAAUAGUGGAUAAUAAAAGCAUUGGAUUCACAUUUGGUUUGCCAGCCUGUGGUUUUACAGGCACUGCCCAGACACCUCUUUGAGAAUUAUAAGUAGCCAUGGAAUUCUUAUUAUGGGAUGUUGGCAAUCUUGUAUUUUAUAGAGUCAGAUGCAUGGUUUUCACAGAUGGUUUGUAAGAACUAAUUGCUCUCCUGUUGGUUAAGCUAUGUUUACCAUUGAGACCCUCAAGAGGAAUACCACUCAUGCUGCGAUCCUGAACUAAAGACAGGUACUAUAGCAUGGGGAAAUGUUCCCCCAGAAGGUUACAGAAAUCUGGAGAUAAGAAAGGAAGAUUUAUCUGUGUACUAUAAUUAGACCAGGAAAAAAGGGAAGAGAAAAAAAUUUUAAUUGGAAAUGUUAGCUUGUGUUUACUGAUCAUGAAUAUAAGUAUAUAUUUAAUUUGCAAACUAUUUUUACUUGUUUGUAUUUUUUUCAUUAUAAGGAAAAAUAGUGUAACAUACUUUUUCAAAAAAAAAACAUCUUUGAUGGUAUAUAAGAUGGUUCAGAGCUGGCAUUCUCUAAGCAGCUGGUAUAAAAAGUUACAUUUCUUUCAAAAAUAGACCAUGUUAGCUUUCAUUUUGGUUUGUGACACUCUGCUAUCAUGUUCCACAUUAUUAGGUAAAAGAAGUUUGAAAUAAAAUGUAUCUCUUUAAUUAUUUCUAACAAAUAUAUUCCUUGUUAAGGCAUCUAACGUCUUCCCAAAUAACAGGAUAAUCAUCUGCUGUUGCUACUGUUCUCAGAAUUGGGAAUUAUCGAAGACAUACUUAAUAUACCAGAACACUAUUAUAACUGAUCUACUAUUCAUAAUCAGUAAAACAAAAAAAUCCAAUAAUAACUGUGAAAAUAUUAAAUAACGUUUCUACAGAAUAAAUUGGACUGUAGCAUCUGCUACAAACAGAAAUACCCAUAAAUAUUUUCUUUUGGACUCUGAGCCUAGAUGACUUGGCUGUAUGGUCUCGUUUUCUUUAAGAAACUCAGGAGUGAUGCUUACACUCUGCUGUCUUCUAUAAAAGACAGUCAUGAUGCAUCACGUAUGUUUGUAGAACGUCUCUUAGAUGAAGCAAGAGGCGCACUCUUGGCCUCCACUCUGUGCCAACCACUAUGUUUGAUGAUAGAGAUGUAGGAUUCAAAAAUCUGCCCUUGAGAAGCUCACAGUCUAGUGGAGUAGACACCAAGGUUUUAAAAAAAAGUAUUUUUAAUAAAAUUUGUCAUGUUUUACAAUCAAGGAACGAGGAGAGAACAGUUGUUCCAUCUGGGAGAUCCAAUGAAGGCUUCAUACAUGGGAGAUACUGUGGCUGAAAAUAAAAGUCACAUAAAUAGUAACUAAGAGCAUGUAAUAGUGUGUCAAUACUGGUCAAGUGUGGAGGCCCAGGGUACAUUUACCCACGAGGGUUUACAGUGUGCAGGCGGGAGCCGAACCAUGAAGGAGCAACUCAAGGAUCUUCAGAUUAUCAAAGAAAUGCCAAAAUUAAAUCCAGUCAUUUCCCUCCGUUUCCUUUCACCUGUCCUUGAGCCCAACUCACUUCUGGGGUCAAAACAUUGAUAUUGUGCACAAAAAUGAAUAGAUCUUGGUUCAAGAAGCAUGGUCACAAUUUUCUAGCCUAUGUUAUGUUUAUAAUUUAAUGGACAUUCUAUAAUCAAUGAAGGAACACCUCUCACCUGCAUAACAAUCAGAAGUGCUAGAACUGGCCUUCAAAUGGUUAACAGUAAUGUUAGACUGUGUGUGUGUGGUGCUUUAAGGUUUCAAAAUGCUGUCACGUGCAUCUUCUUUUGCUCCUCAUGUACUUUGUGGGGGAGAAGGUAUCAAUCCCCGCUGGGUUGACACUGGUUUUCAUGGAUGGCUCGUAAGAUCCAUUUCAACACUUUACAGUUGCAAUUCUAGGCUUCACUUCAAGAAAUGUGGAGGCUAACGUUUCUUCCAACGUAUUCCACUAUCAGUGAAUUUUGCAAGAUGCUUCAUCUGCCCAGAUUCUCAUUUCUUCAAACAAACGUUCUUAAAAUGUGACACCUUCUAAAAAGCCCGUGGAAGAAAUUAGUGUAUUCACAGAAAAAACUCCUCAUGGACUUAAUAUUUGCAUUUUACUAUUUGUUACACGAAAUUUCAAACCAUGCAAAAUGGGAUGACUUUUGGUGGAUUUCUAUAGUACAGUUCAGUUCUCUAGAAUAUAAUUUGGAAGCACGAUAAGGUUUGAAACAACCACUUUAAUCAAGAGUUUUACUUUAUUUUUCAAUUCUUAAUGAAGAUGGAUCCAGAGCUCUGGUAGUUAGGUUCCUGUGAUGUGGAUGAAGGAACCCCUGCAGAUUCUCUUUUCCUCUCUGUCCUUUUCACGUUUAUUCACUUUUUUCUUUCUUUCUGCACAAAUUGUAUUUAUAACUUGACCACUUCUAACUAAAGCAAACAUCUUAUAAUAAAGAAUCUGAAAAUCUUUCCAACUUAACCCUCUUGGGGAAAUUCCCAAGGCAGGCAAAAUGAUGAUCCACCAUCAUUAAAAGAUACCCAUAACCCUGCAUAGUAAAAACAUGCAAAUAAAGAAUGUGACCGAAUCUCCAAACUGGGUCUGAGCUUUAGGCCUUAUUGUGCUCCUCUUAUCUGCUUUAGUGGAUGACUAAAAACACUCUAGAUCUCAGACACCUUACUUGUAACCAUAAAACUUGAGUUGAAAUUAAUGAGCAUGUCACUUUUAAUCAGAUUCUAAUUUUGAAAAACGUGUUACCUUUCUAGUUCAAUUGUGUUUUCCAGAUAGACUUGUUUAUCUAACACGGAAACAAACGAAUGCCAGAAAUAUUAAGCUGUCUAAAUUUUGGCUUAAGGCCAACAGCGGUCCACUAGAAGCGUAAUAAAAACAAAAAGUAGAAAAGAGAAGUCCAGCGGUUGUGUUCCCCACCCCUGCCAGAAUGUAAUGCUAACUGUUGACCAACUGUCAAGACUCAGAAGUGGUAGCUGCAUUCCAAGGAGCUGGCACAAAGGAUAUAAUGAGUGUGUGUGUGCUACCCUUAUCACGGCAAGCCGGGCCGGGGGUGCAGCGAUGAUUAAGACAGGACCGUAAUAGAGGGAAAGAUACAACAAGGGUUGGAAAGAUCAUCUCAGGACCUGCUGGUGGGGGUAGGAACAUGUACUUCAAUUUGGUUUCUGACUUUGGGGUGGGGGGGAAGAAUAAAAAAGAAUGCUGCCUAGUAAGGGCACUGCUUGAUAAUCUGCCUGGUGGGAAAUAACCCUCAUUGUAUCACUUGAGUAGAUCGAUAACAUCCUCUGUAUUGCAAAACAGAAUUUAGCCCCAAAGUAUUAAAGCUAACCAUAGCUGAAUCAGGAAAUUUGACAAUUGGGCAUUAAAUUAUGUCGUGGAUUUUAUUUAUCUUCAGAAUUAUUACUGAUAUUAUUGAGCUUUCUAUGUAAGUAAAAGAAACGGUGUAGUUAGACAUUUAUUUUGCUUAAUUUGUUUUUCAGACAUUCUUUGACAUUAGAAUAGCUUUUGGGACAUUUUCAUGGUUUCUAGUGGUGACUUAAAUGUUCCCUGUUAACCCAGAAAGCAAAAUCCUAAGAAUUAGGUUGCUGAAUUGUAAAUGGAGACCUAAUCAGUGUUUCCAAUUUUUCAGGAAGUUAAUCAAGACUGAAAAUACACUUGCUUAGAUUUAAUCUGCUAGCUAGUUUAUUUGGCUUUCAUGAUGGCACAGUUUGGUAGAAUUGGCAGGCCCUAGUUGUAUGGUAUUUGGGGAACACAGAGAAAUUAUGUUUAUAUAUGUGAUUUUUAUGUCUAGUGGCCUUGGGCAGGUGAUAUCUUUCUAUCUAAUUUUCUUUUAGGAUAUUACAACCCUGAGGAGUGUUGAUAGGUAUGUUGUAUGAUUCAAACUGAAUCAGCUAUUACUGAUGCAGGUAAGGAACCGUCAGUAAACUUCUGGUUACUACACCUUCUGUAAAAAAGGAUGGAUAAUGUUCAAGAGAUACCUUGGAAGGACUAACCAGGAAACACACAGAACUGAGUGUUCUUUUAGGACCCUAAAGCUCUAAAAGCUGUUAUUACAACCUAUUUUUCUUUAUAUGAUAUCGUAAGUAAAAUUUGAAGCUGUUAACAUAUUGGAAAGUGCAUAAGAUUACAUGUUUUUAUAAUAGGGAUGCAGGCAUUCCAAAAUAAAUAAAUAAAAAUACAUGCAUCUCUCUUGCCUCUUACUGAAAGUAUUAAUCUAAUUUUAUAAUAAUGCUUACUUUUUAAUAUUAAGGCUCUGUAAAAAGAAACAUAUUUAUUUCUAAGAUUUCAGUAGAGCACAGGUGAUGUAUUUUUUUAAGCCUUAUCAUUUCUUUUCACCAACUCUACCCAUGUAUCUACUAUACCAUGUAUCCCAGUUAAUAGCUAUGUUUCUAUUUUUGUUGAGUUAAUUUAAGCUGCAUAUUCAUUCAAUGUGACUUUAAAUACAGAAUAACAAUGGGAGGUAUUUAGUACUGGCAUUAAGACCAUACAGCUCUCAUUUCACCUUAUAUUUAAAUUUCAUCUAUUUUUUUCAAAGCUAAUAAUGCAGAUUGUUGACAUCCUUGAAAUGAUUUGUGGGUGGUAUUAAAUGGAGCCUGGGACUUUGAAAUGUAGUCUAGGUGUUUGUUUUCUGGAAAGUUUGUAUUCUUAUCCUCACCUGAACCCCUGACUUUUGUGUUGUAUUUUUUUAUGAUUCCAAAAUGCUUUGAGGGAAAGAUAUUUUAAUGUGUACAAUUUGUUUUAUUUUCAUACUGAUCUCUAUUUUUGUUUAAAACCAUGUUGCAUCAUGAAAUCACUUAAUCCAAAAUAAAUCUUCUUUAAAAAAAUAGAUUAUGACUUCUCU